ACUAGUUAAUUAGACCAGGUUAAUCUACUGAAGGAUUGUCAGUUUCAUUCGUUUGAAUCAUAUGGUAUUUACAAUGUAGAAAAUCGUUCAAGUUUUGGUUACACUAGUUUAGGAAUUUAACAGGAAAAUGUCAACCGGAAAACGUCUUGCAAAGCGAUCUAUCUUAGGCACGAGAGUCAGUGUUCCACUCGAGGACGGGCUAUAUUAUCCGGGUGUUAUUCGAGCUACCAAAGCGGAUGAGCGUAACCAAGAAAAUAUUUAUUGCGUCCAACUUGAAAACAAAGAAAAUCGAGAGUUUUUGUUUCAUGAACUAAUUGGACCAGGUUUCCAGAGUAUUUUUCGAGUAAAACUGAAAAAAGGACAGAGAGUUUUUGUGACUUAUAAAGGCCGAGAGGUCGCAGGGUUAGUUGAUCAUCAUAGGCCUAACUUGGAUCAGGUAAUGAUUACAGUAGAGCCUUCAUCUCCAAAUCCCCAUGUUACUAAGCCUACAUUACUAAAAAAGAAACUGGAAGAAGUUCGUUUGCUUGAGAGCCGGAAAUCUGCACGACUACAAGAUUUAGAUACUGAUUAUUCAAGACUUGCUGAGGGUCAGUUCGAAAUUAGACGACGACCUCCAUCUCUAACCAUUGAAGUUCCAACAUUACAAAGCGGACGAAAAAGGCGACCAAGUUCAACAGACGACGGUGACGUCAUGAAUGAUUGUUCCGCUGCUAUGGUGCUCAUGAGUUUAUCUUGCAGUCCGAAGUCCCCUCGCCGUUCUGACUCAGGUUUAUAUGCGUAUUCUUGGACCAGCAGCACUAGCUCCGGGUUUCAAGAAUGGGAUAGUCCUCGGUCCGAUACAAGGACAGCUACACCUUCUCCGCCUAGCCCGCUUGUUGUCAUGGAAACCGUCACCUCGGGCCAAGUGUCGGAUGAGGGCAUUGAAAUGGACGAGACAGUUGGUUUUAUGGAAGAACCUCUUUCAGAGAAACGUAAGACGCGGACUCUAUUCCAGUGUACUUGGCCCGGCUGCGGCAAGCAGUAUUAUUUGUGUGAAGAUGUGGAGAAACACGUUCGUAUGCGUCAUUUACGCCGUUCUAAGACUCAAAUCUCGGACCUCAGUGAUGAUCAUGAAGAAGAGUUUUAUUACACAGAGAUUGAAAUAGAUCAUCAUCCAACUCCUCCUCCAGCUAGCCCAGAGGGAAGCACUGACAGUGUUCUUUUAUCUCCUGAAUUGGCCAACAUAUAUACCUCAUCUGCCCCUACCCUCAGUCACCUUGAUAUGGUGAAACCUCCCCAUGAAAAUCCAGAGUACAGGGAACCUCAGAAGGAGAGAGAACAGAGUAUAACAUCUCUGACAAAUCCAGUUACUAUCUCCAACUUCCAGCCCAUUCUUCAUUGGCAACCUCAUCCAUAUGCUGUCAGUGCCCCUAGUGACAUGGCUUUGUCCCCAAAGUACUUGCGACUGAGUCCUAAAUCUUUUUCACCAACCAUAAAAGGCUCUCCCACACACAGAAAAGGUCGAUCCGAGAUUCGUAAGUGUAGAAAGGUUUAUGGGAUGGAAAAUAAAGAGCAGUGGUGCACUCAGUGUCGCUGGAAGAAAGCAUGUUCUCGAUUUGUUAGCUAAUGUAGAUGGUCCACCGAAGGUGUUUUCGAGGUAUUGAGACAGAAAAUGAAGAGGUUGCAGCAAAAUUUCGUUAUUCAAAGAACGUGAAACAUAUGAUCUCAGAAAACAUGGGAUGAAGGAAUGGAUCUCGUCGGCAACUUUUUUACCAGUUUUAUUGCUCAUAGAAAAAGAGAAAAUACCAAUAGGUAGUAGUUCCAGCCUUUUGCUAACAGUAUGUUUGUUGAAAAUUUUAAAAAAAGAAAAUUUCUGGAAGACAGUGAUUUUAUGUGAUUUUGAUACUUGUAAAGAUGUAAAAAAAAGUAAAAUAUUUAUGAAGAAGAGUAUAUUUCUAUAUUAAAUAUAUCUAUACAUUAAUUAAACUUUUGUAUUAUACAGUGGUUUUGAAUUGGUUGAAUCGUUACAUUUAUACUGACGAUAAAUUUGGAUUGUAUUUUAUAAAAGUCAGAAGUGAUAAGCUUAAAGGUGUAAAGAAAUAAGAUGAGGUCCAGAAAAUUGUAACGAAUUGUGAAGCUGUAAGUUUAGGAGGAUCUGAUUUCAUUGUGCUAUUUUAAUGAGCUGGUUGGAAAUUUUUUAUUUAUAUAUAGUAUUUUAGACAUUUAUAAAUUCAUAUUUGUAUAUUAUAUAACAUUUUUAUAUUUGAAAAGAUUGAAAAAUAUACUAAGGAUCAAUAUUAUUGUCUCCUUGUUCUUGGUUAAUCUUAGAAUAUCACCUGAUAUCUUGCAAAAUAUAGAAUUAAUGCUGAUUUAUUCAGUUUUCUUCCUAUUGGGAUAACUACAUCUUACAUUAAAUAACCUUGUUAGUCUAAUUUUCCCCCUUUGUAUUUCAAUUAUUGUCUUCACAAAAGGUUUACCAGUAAAUGGUAAACCAAGCAAAAUUCUUCAAUUAUGAGUAAAGCUAUUGAUAGCUAUAACAUGAUAGGCCUUACAGAGCAUGCUCAGUACCACAAGAAAUGUGACAGUUAUACAGCUGUAGUUGUUACAGUAAGUAUUGUUACUAUUUUUAUAUCGAAAUUUUAUUUUUGUUUUAAAUGUUUAAAUAUCUGUCAGCAAGUGUUGAAAUAUCUUUGUCAAAUUCAACAAAAAAUUAAAAGAAAAUAUUAUAUUAUAUUGUGCAACAAAACAGUGUAAAAAGGAGUACUUGUAUAUGUGUUUUCCACGAAUGUUCAUAUAUAUUAAACAGUGAAUGCAAUAUGUCUGUCUGUUCUAGUUAACCGAGUUCAAAUGCGAAAACAUCAGGAAAAAAAAACAUGGUAAAGGCACAAUUUCACAAAGUUUUUUAAUAAACCAACAUCUGGUCACUGAAGUAGUACAAAUUUCUUAAGAACUGUAAAAAAAAGGUGCCAUAGACAGUAGAUGUGUAGGCCUAAAGUACAAAUAGAUUUACUAGAAACUGUCACUAGAUUAUCAUGAUAACUUUUCAUAUUAUGCCACUGGUGUUCACAUUUGUAAAGCGUAUAUAUGUUUGUCUGUUCACAUCUGACUUCAUAAAUACACUUAGUGUUAUUUCUUUUUGUUCAAUGAGGUAAUGGUUUAAUGGGUCUGUGCAUUGUAUUAGAGGCUUUUUUAACUUAUGCUAGCUGAUUUGUGGAGGUAUUGCGUCAUGGAAGAUCUUAUUGCCGUGUAACUAAUUGUUUUAUAAUUGUCAGAUUAUAUAUUUAAUUAGUAAAGGAUUUGGUCUGGGUUUUUAUGGUUCUUUUGACACUAAUUAAGGCGUUUAGGUUAACAACCAUGAAAGAUACCAUUAUAUAUACAUAUAUAUAACUGUAAAGCUGCAGUGACCUAUAGGUUACAUUACGAUUUAAUAAGGCCAGCUAUUGGUUGAUUUUCAUGUGACAAUCAUAGUUGUUAAAUGUUAUUGUACUAUGGAAUUUUAUCAGUAAAUAAUUUCUAUGAAUAAUUAAAGUAGCUCAUUUUUAUAAAUAGUUUUGAUAAUGACAGUUACUUUUGAAGGGCCUUAACUGCAAUGCUGUACACAUUAAUUACUACAUGUAUCUUGGCUAUUGAUUUUAUGAAACUAGUUGUUAACUCUGUAGAAUGAAAUAUUAUUUAUAAAGCAAAGUUCUAAGACAUGGGUGAAAAUAUGCAAGGUAUCCAGAAAUUAUGUUUACAAAAUUGUUUAGGUAUGUUUCAGAGACUUGUUAACAUAUUUUCAGAAUAUCCCACCAAGAUAGUAAAUCCUCAAGAAUCCUAUGGUACCUGCAUGAGAUUAGAUUCUAAAAAACAGAUUUAAAAGUAUGCAGUAAAAACCAGACUCGAACAAUAAAAUCUAAACUUUAACAGCUUGUAAGAUUUAAAUAUCCUAAUCUAUCUGCUAACUCAUAGUCUUAGGUUUAUGAAUACAUAAAAAAAUCUACUCUCACUAGUUCUCAGUAUAAUUCAUUUGAAGUAGAAUUUCUGUAUUCAUCAAAUUUAUUGGAUUCAGUUAGCUUCCCUUGACCCAAGACUAAAAUACGAUUUUACGAAAUCUCAGUGGUAGAGUAAUUAGAAGAAUUUAACAAAUCAAUUAUACAUAUCAGACCAUAUAAAGACUACAUCUAUUUAAUAGAUAUACACAAGGUGAGUUUUACAGAUUUUAGGUUCUAAAUGAAUUUUUAUUUGUUAAAUCUGACUCUACCCAUCAAACAGAAUAGCAGUGUUACAGAUGAUGUGAAGAAAUCCUCACCAUCUAAAUGAUAGCCAUGGAUCAUCUUUGAAGAGAAGUGUACAAGUUUGUAAUCUCAGAUAAAAAAAAUUUUAUUCACUAGCAACACAGUUUGCAUACUUAGAUAAAUUUGUAAUGUAUAAGACACUAACUUUUUUUUAUCAUAAAGUGACAAAAAGAUUGUCACAGAUUACACAUUUAGGAAAUAAAAUUUGAAGGUGAAGCUAGAAAAGGAUCACCUCAUGAAAAAGUAAAAAAUCUCAAAGACUGGAUGUGGCAUAAUGGCUAGCAUGCUGUGCUGAAUAGAAGGUCCAUGGUUCUCACCAACACACUCCACAGCUCUAGGUUUGAGUGCAUUAUAAGAGUUUAUAGUCAGUUGUACUAUUUGGUUCAAAGCCUCGGAGUUGAUGGGUGCUGUUGAUUGGCUGCCUUUCACCUGAUCAGUAGUUAAAAAUGAGGGACUACUGUACUAGACAUUUUUUGUAUGUAUCACUUAAGAUGCUGACCUGGUUAUAAACACUAAUACCAUAACAUUCAAAUAAUGAAAACCUUAGUAAUUUAAUGAAACAUAUAGAUGGUGCAGUGUUUUAUAUGGUUUACGUAAAGAUACAUGAAUGUGAACUUCUUUUCAUGUAUUAUCGAAGCUAUUCAAUCAAUAACUGAAAUGACUGUUAUACCAAACU